ACCCGGAGGAGAGCUACGACUUCCUCUUCAAGCUGGUGCUCAUCGGGGACGCCAGCGUGGGCAAGACCUGCCUCGUACAGCGCUUCAAAACCGGGGCCUUCGCCGAGCGCCAGGGCAGCACCAUCGGCGUGGACUUCACCAUGAAGAGCCUGGAGAUCCAGGGCAAGCGGGUGAAGUUGCAGAUCUGGGACACAGCUGGCCAGGAGAGGUUCAGAACUAUCACGCAGAGUUAUUACCGCAGCGCCAAUGGAGCAAUCCUAGCCUAUGAUAUCAGCAAGAGAGGCUCUUUCCUGUCCAUUCCUCGCUGGAUCGAGGAUGUGAGAAAGUAUGCUGGUUCCAACAUAGUACAAUUACUGAUUGGAAACAAGUCUGACCUAAGUGACCUUCGAGAGGUUCAGCUGGAAGAAGCUCAGAGUCUGGCUGAACACUAUGAUAAUAUCAUCUGUGCCAUAGAGACCUCUGCGAAAGACUCCAGCAAUGUGGAGGAGGCUUUUGUGAAGAUGGCUACAGAGCUCAUGAUGAGGCAUGGAGGCCCUAUGUUCAGUGAGAAGAAUACUGACAGCAUCAAGCUUGACAGCAAAGACGUUGUAGAAGGCUGGGGGUGUGGUUGCUGAUAUGAGCUAGGUGAUAUCCCUAACUUUACUGGAAUUUAGAUGGUGCUUCACCCUAAUGCUGAGUAGCAUGGUAGCCAUAUUUUCCUCCUCCUGUGAAACCAGCAAUUUUGUAGAAGUUAGACACAAUCCUGUUUGCUUUGGUGUCUUAUUUUUAAAAAGGGACUCUUGAGAGGUAGUCCUAAAAGUCAAUCCCUCUGAAAAACUUACUCAACAUUUGUCCCCACCAUUUUAUUUUCUGUAACCUUCAUACAAAUUACAAAAGUGGAGGAAACAACUUUGAACUGGUGAUGUGGGGUGGGGAGACAGAUGGUUGGGGAAAAGACUGAUACACACCCAAAGUUCUGAAGCAUUUUGCAUGGGACUGUUGGCAAAGGAGGUCACUUUUGGAAUAGGUAAACUUGACAGUGUCUCUUUAAAUCCUCAGCACUCCACCAAUGACCAGAAAGUGACAGUGUCUUUGAUAAAGGUAUUUCAAGUGUCAGAAUUCCCAGCUUUUUGAAUACAGGACCAAAUAGAAGUCGCCUGUCCUGGGGCAUAUGGAUUGCUAGUUAGUAUUGGAACAGGCCCAGGUGGGGAAGCCUUCUCUCAGGUUUUGUUACAAUUUUUUUUUUCAUUUUAACAACAAAAAAAAAUCAGCUUGAGCAAUGUCACAUGACUUGCUUUAAAGUAGGAUUGGACCAGCGUAGUUAUUUUAAAUACAGCCUUGAGGAGAGGGUAGAUGCAUUUCAUUUGUUAUUGUUUGCACAGUGAUAGCUCCCUUUUCCAAGUGGGUAUCGUUGAGUUUUUGCCCUCAGGUCUCUUAAUUUCAUUCCACAACUCAAGACCUGCACCACUGGAAACAGGAACUGGAGAAACCUUGAACUGACUGGUAGCCAUGAUCUCCUGCCAUGUGCCUAAUGGUCAUAUACAGGGUUAAUUCUGGUCAUACAUUUGACAUUAUGUUACCAUAGUGUUUAUUGCUUAAGUGGCGUAAGUGGAUUUGGUUUUUGUUUUGUUUUAAACCAUCUCUUUAAAUACAAUGCGGGCAUAUAAUGGGAAAGAAGACCUCAGAAUAGCUGAACACUGCAUGCAUUGCAGCUUCUUGGUUGUAAGAAACCAGCAUCUUUUUGAGUGAUUCCCUCCCAACUUUGUACUCAACUUCUUCCCUCUCCCUAUCACAAAUUACCAAUUGCUUUUCAUUUCUUGAAAACACUCAGCAGGAAAAAUCUUUCACUGUUGAUCAAAACUCUACAUUGUUUAAGUAAAAUAGAUUUCAUAAUUCAACUCUACAUAGUUGUCGUUCAGAUUCAGCUCUAUAUUAUAUGUUGUAGAUGCAGUUGAAGGUGGCAGCAGUCCUCUCUGGAUUUACACUCUCAAGCACCUUACAAAAAUGGAUUUGCAAAGGGAGCAGAAGCAGGAUUAUUUUUAACUCUGCAGUUAAAGCAAAGGUGUUCAGAGGUGACAAGUGAUUUUUGCAAUCCUGAUGCUCUGAAAGACCUCAUUUUCAGAAAGCACCCACUUAAAGUGAAGUCACUUGUCUUUUUUUAAAAUCUUGAUCAGGUCAAAAAGGACCUGGAUUGGUUUGCUACUAGGGCUACACCAGUUUUCAGCCGUUCUUCAUAUCCAGUAUCAUGAAAAUCAGGAAGAUUUAAGAAAGGGCUAAUGGAUCCUAAUUUCAAUACUAUUCAUCUUCCUUCAGAAAAUACUAAACCAUUCUCUGGUCUUUCUUUUUUUUUUAAAACUAUGACGUAGAUAAUCGAGGUGUUACAUACACUUUGUAGCCUGUUUGUUUCUCAUCUAAGGGGUUUGUUUUCAAGUUUUAUAGUUGUAAGAGUGAAAGGGCCUUAAAUUUUUCAAUUAGUAUAGUUUUCACAAUUCUAACGUUUUAUAUGGAAGAACAGGUUGAGCUACAGUACUCAGUAUUUUUGCAUAGUCUUCUAGGACAUUCCCAGCUGUUCUGCAUCCAAAGAUAACAGGCAGUAAGUGUCCAGCAGUAGCUAGACACUGAAACUGAGAAUUGUCUGAACUCUAGAUUUGUUAGUGAUUAGCAAACCCUGUAUUCCACUUUAGGGAGAAACUAUGAAGACAGUCCAAGCCAAUACUCAGUCCUGGUGACUGCUUUUCCUCCUGGUUAGAUGGUCCUUAAGAUACAGAAUAGUAGCAAGCAUUUGACUUUUUGUCAUGACAUAUUAUAGUUUACAUCUGUAGGUCACAGUCCUGCAGUUCUGCAUGCUUGAACAUGGACCCUCAGAUAAGCUCAGCCUCCCACUAUUUGCAGGAUUAGUGCCAAAUUAUUUAAGCCAUGCUGAUAAAAAUUCACAUGCAUUUAAGAACAGUAUUGCUACUACUCAGAUUGAAAUGAGUAGUUUACAUAGUAACUCAUCUUAAAACUGGAGCAAGAUGCAAAAUGACCAUAAAUCCUGCUUCCAGUGCAGUCAGUGAAUGAUUGUGUUUUUACAGUAGAUGGAGAACUGAGGAAUUAUUGAUCCAGUUCCUUGGUUUUGAGGUUUGUUUAGUAAACAAGUAGAAUUAGACCAAGCACUAUACUUUUCCUUACAGUUUGCCCCCAUAUAUCUCUUAAGCUAGUCUUGAAGGUUGAGACUGUCUGCAGGUUAGUCUGUUUCAGUCAGAAAACAUGAAAUACAGCACUUGUUCACUAUGUUUUCAAAUGAAGGCACCAAUUCAGAUGAGCAGAAAACUAAGACUAUUGCUUUAAGUCAGCUUUGUCUUCUAACUCUUGGCUCUUUAUGUUAUAGCAAGUGUAAUACAAGUUUGCAUGCCCUACCUAACUGAACAAAAGGGAACGAAGAAAUAGACUGAAGACCUGGUAUAUUUUUUCAGGUUAGUAGCAGAUAUGAAUGACAGUGCUUGGGCUGUCAAUAGUAAAAGGCUAUUUCAAUUACCAAACCCUUUCUUUGUCUAUUAGUAAUAGCACAAUACUCACUAGCUUCUUGACCAGAAAUAAAUUAAACAGUAAACGUAACUUAAAGGUUUUCACUCCCCUUCUGAAGACUUUUAUUAAAUCCGCAAUUCACACACAUAGCUAUGUAAUUCAAGUAUUAGGAAGACAGUCCUGUUGUUUAAUUCCAGUAAUCAUAUUGAAACCAAAAGGAUACCUGGGUGAAGAGAGUGAGCAGCAAUAAACCUGAAAUUUAUGGGUAAAAACCUCAGUUUCAAAUCUUAGGUUACAAACGUGCACUAAUGUACAUCAAGUGAAUAAUUCAGUAGCGCAUGAUCAGAGUUCACAGCAUAAACAUUUGCCAAGAAACGUGUUUACCGGAAGUUGAACAUUAACAAGACUAUGGUGCAGUAAUUGCUUUUAAGCAGAUCCACAUAUUUGCAUUAGUAUUUAUCAUUUAUUUUUGGCAGUACCCAAAGUGUGCAAAAUAUUACAAAAACGCAGAAGAGGACAUUGAUCCCUGCCUUGUAACACUUAGGAGUGGAAUGCAGAGGCAAAUACUGAAAUGAAAUCAUCAGCAGAAUGUGGUUCCCAGGAGCGUGGGCAUUGUUAUCCUUUGUAUUGAUUUUGAUUUAAGCUACUUUUAUCUCCAGUUACUCAUCCAGUCCAUCAUCAUGGAUGGAACUUGUACAAAUAUUUAUUAUUAUGUAAAUAUAAUACCAAGUAAACAUCAGCCCAGAAAUCUGCUAACAUUUGCUUUGCAAAACAAAAUUUUUAAAAAAUGAAAAUACUUAAGAACAGAGGAAAAGUCCUAAUGAUUUUAUCACUCUCACAUACUGGA